CAACAAGUCGGCAGCAAUAUCGCCAGGUUCUGCACCUGCCUCCACAGCAUUGCAAAUGAAGCGGGCCCGCCAGCUGCUCGUGGUUGUUGCUUCUGUCGCAGCCGCCUUCGGAGCCUUUACGCUGGUCGUGUUGCUCAUACGCAAGAUAGGCAGCUCCUUCACAAAUGACGUGCUGCUCGCCGACCCCAAUGCCUGGUACACAGUGCGGCUGGAUCGCCGAGUCCACAUCACCCCCGACGUUCGCCUCCUGCGCUUCUCUUUUCGGAGCCGCUUCCAGACGCUGGGCCUCAGCGUCGGCCAGCACCUUCUUCUCUGUGCGCGUAUCGAUGGCUGCUCCGUGACGAGACCGUACACUCCGGUGAGCCGUUGCGACCAAGCAGGUGGCUUCGACAUUAUGGUCAAGGUGUACCGCACGGGCACCACAGGGAAAUUUCCUGAAGUGGGCGGGAUGUCCCAGUUCCUCGACAUGGUGUGCCUAGGGACGAAAUUAAAGAUCCAGGGUCCACGAGGACGCUUUCUGUAUCAAGGUCAGGGACGUUUCGUGACGGUCGACGGCAGCUGGCUGCCACCAGCAACCUGGUUAGGACUAGUCGCAGCAGGAAGUGGCGUCACGCCAAUGCUCCAGCUUCUGCGCCAUGUGCUGGCGGACCAGACGGACAAAACGAAAAUCAUGAUGAUAGAUGUCAACAGAACCGAAGAAGACAUCAUCGCUCGUCGUGAACUGGAUAAUUACGCCAAGGUUCAAGCUGAGCGGUUCAGUCUCUGUCACGUACUAAGCAAGCCUCCCACGAGUGAAAGUGCAAUUACAUACGUGGCGGGACCCCUGACUCCUGGCAUCAUGGCCGAGCACCUUCCUUCACCAACGGCUGAGACCAUAGUGCUUCUGUGUGGACCACGGGAGUUUCUCAGUGACCUGUGCAAACCAGCGCUGACUGCCAUUGGACACAAGACGCAGAGAGUGCUAUGCUUCUGAGUGGCAUUGCUCUUUCGGGCUACACAAGUGCGUUCAUCAUUUGGUAUUUAUCGACUUCUAAGCUUUCUAUUGUUCGAUUGAAAACGAGCUGUGGCUUUUGCGUUAUGCGCACUGGCACGCGAAAUAUUCGCGUAUUGUGAUGACUUCAAUCCAAACCCAAACGUAUCGGACAAUAUUGAAACGCCGCCUGCUACAAGCAUUUUAUUCAGCCGCUUCCUAUGCACCUUGCUGGUCGGCGCAAGUCUGCUGGUCGUAGAUUAAAACGCCUUCACCGCAGUA